UCUUUGAAUUUGCCUCGAAAGAUUUUUUAUUUUUAUUUUUUUUCGUUCCUUUUUUAUGUUUUGCUUCGUUAUCGUUUCUCUUUAAUAUAAAUAUUUAAUUCAUUAAUUUUUCGUAUUAAAAAAAGUGAGAAAGUAAAUUUUUUUGCUCUUCAAAAGAGAAAUUUUGAAAAGGUGAGAGCAAUUAUAGUCUGAUGUAGUACUUCCAUGUGAAGUUGAGCAACAGUUAUGUGUUCACCUUCCUCGCGAAGUUGAAGAAACCCCUUCUUUGUGAAGUAGCUUAGUCACUGCGGCCUUCCGUUCUAUAUAUAUGAGCACCCAUUUUGAGUCUGUUUUUAUAAGCGCACAGAAAAUCCACCAAGAUUGAUCUUGAAUUUCCAGUCAGUUCAAUGGCCUACAUUCCUCCACACAAGCGGCAUUCACUGGAUAAGGGGAGGCAAUCUCCAACUGAAGAGUCAUUGGUUCCUCUUUUUAAGAAAAAAUUAAGUUUGAGUAACAGAAACAGGAGCCGAAAAAUAGUGUAUGCUGAUCAUGCCAUAUCAAGAUGGUUUGCUGUUGGUUUGACUGAUAGUGACCAGUUUCCUUCUCACAUUCAUCUCAAGCCAGUUUCCUUGGAGUCUUUUGAGCGCCAAUCAGGGGAAAAGCCUUUAAUCUUGGUGAACAGUCAUGUAAAUGAAGUUAAAUGUUUCUCUUUUGUAGACAAUAGUGAGCUGAGAGAGAAUUGUUUGAGAACUCCAUGGUUGAUUAUAGCCGAAAACAUACAGCAAGAUCUACUCUCUUCUUUUGAAAUUCUGAGGAAGGAAAUGCAUUAUCAUGGGUUGGAAAAAGUAAAGCCAAUAUUGGUUGCUAGAUUUGGUAAAAUUUGUUUUCAUGGGAUCCCAUUAGUAGGGCUAGAAAGAGUGCAGGAAAAGCAGGUUAAUGAAACUAUUUUGAGACAAUUGAAAAGAUCACUUUACACAAAUAUUCCUGCUUCGUAUAUGGAAAAUGUCAUAGAUGAAGUUAUCCUGAAAGUUGGAGUUGAUUUUGAAGAGGAAAAGGACAUCUACCAUGUAAAGUUGUCUGAUAACAGACGACCAGAUUCAAUCGUAUCAUGCAAAUGUUGUGUAAACACAGAUAAAAGACUUCAGUUCUACAAGAUGGAAUUAAACCAAGUGCGGCAGAUGGUUGCAGAUAUAUCAUGCCUUGAUAAGAAUCUUGAUCUGAGGCUAAUGCUAUGCUCCAAGAGGAUCUUAACAGCUCCUACUGAUGAUGAGAUAAAAAGCAUAAAUGAUCUGGUUAGCUCUGCAGUUUUGGAUUCAGAUGUGAAGGGUGGGUUGAGAUGGCCUCUGGGUAAGACAUCUUCUGGAAAUAGAUACAGUGUAGUUGGGGUGUGGCACACUGUAGCUAGAUCCUACAGUAGUUCAUCACUUAGGCUCAAAGUAAGACAUGCAGACCGAUGCGAUUUUAGGAGUGGAACCGGAGAAGCUACAAUGGAAAUUUAUCUGAAGUUGAAAGGAAUAGUUUCAGAACUGCAGGAACAAGGAGCAGAAAGUGAUUCAGUCUCCAAUAUGCUCAAAGACAACUUAAAAUUGAUAUGGGACAACUUCCUCUGCUGUGAACCAAUUUUAACAUGAGCUGACACAUGUGUCAAUUCUGCUCCACUCUUCUUCCUUCCCCUGUAAAUAGUGACUGUUGAAUGCCGUUUUAAGAAUGUAGUAUGUGUUUGUAGUGCGGGAGGAACUUUGAAGAAGAGGGUGUUGUAAGAGAUGUAAUUUCCUUCUAUCUUAUAAAAGUGUGGUUAUGGAAGUAACAUUAUGUCUUACAUCA